UCGUGGCUGGUCCCACCUGGCAGUUUAUAUAAACACACAGAUGAGACGGACACUUAUGCUUCCUCAAUCUCACACUUCCCUCCUCCUUCUUCUCGUUGAUCUUCACGUCAACAACGUCUCUCUCUCUCAACACACCUGAACCUGAAUCCAAUCAUUCCGUUUUCUUCUAUCAAUGGCUCCCGUAGCAGCAGCGUCUUCAGAUUCUAUCAAGCCUAGAGAUGUUUGCAUUGUCGGUGUUGCUCGCACACCCAUGGGUGCGUUUCUUGGUACUCUGUCAUCUGUACCUGCCACCAAGCUAGGCUCUGUAGCUAUUGAAGCUGCUCUUAAAAGGGCCAAUGUUGAUCCAUCACUUGUGGAAGAAGUAUAUUUUGGGAAUGUUCUUAGUGCAAAUUUGGGGCAAGCUCCUGCCAGACAAGCUGCUCUUGGAGCAGGACUGCCCAAAUCAGUAGUCUGCACUACUGUUAACAAAGUUUGUGCAUCAGGAAUGAAAGCUACAAUGCUUGCUGCUCAGAGUAUUCAAUUAGGUAUUAAUGAUGUUGUUGUGGCUGGUGGUAUGGAGAACAUGUCGAGUGCACCUAAAUACCUGGCUGAAGCAAGGAAAGGAUCCCGUCUUGGACACGAUUCACUUGUUGAUGGGAUGUUGAAAGAUGGUUUGUGGGAUGCCUAUAAGGAUGUUGGCAUGGGAGUGUGUGCUGAACUGUGUGCAGAUAACCAUUCAAUAACAAGAGAACAGCAGGAUGACCAUGCGAUUCAGAGUUUUGAACGUGGAAUUGCUGCCCAAGAUAGUAGUGCCUUUACGUGGGAAAUUGCUCCAGUUGAAGUCUCUGGUGGAAGGGGAAGACCAUCAACAAUCGUUGAUAAAGAUGAAGGUCUAGGAAAGUUUGAUGCUGCCAAGUUACGCAAACUCCGACCAAGUUUCAAGGAGAGUGGGGGUUCUGUCACUGCUGGCAAUGCUUCCAGCAUAAGUGAUGGUGCUGCUGCCCUAGUUUUGGUGAGUGGAGAGAAAGCAUUGAAGCUUGGGCUUCAAGUUAUUGCGAAAAUUACUGGAUAUGCUGAUGCUGCUCAGGAGCCAGAGUUAUUUACAACAGCUCCAGCCAUUGCCAUCCCUAAAGCUAUUGCCAAUGCGGGGUUGGAGACUUCACAAAUUGAUUUCUAUGAAAUUAAUGAAGCCUUCUCGGUUGUGGCUCUUGCAAAUCAGAAACUCCUUGGGCUUAAUUCGGAAAAAGUAAAUGUACAUGGCGGAGCUGUAUCAUUGGGUCAUCCUCUUGGUUGCAGUGGUGCUCGUAUCCUAGUGACGCUUUUGGGGGUACUGAAGCAGAAAAAUGGGAAAUACGGUGUUGGUGGCGUUUGUAAUGGAGGAGGUGGUGCAUCUGCCCUUGUUGUGGAACUUCUGUAAGCGUUCAGUAGAUGUCAUUCUAGAUCCAGCAUUCGUGCAAAGUUCCAAGAACCCUGCCUCCCUCUUUAGCAAGUCUACAUGCAAGUUUCAAAUUUACUACAAGGACAAAAAAGAGUGGAGAGAAAUUUGGCGACAUAAUUUUUAGAUUUAAGUAUCAGAUUUUGCAAAAGUUAAAUUUCUUAGAAUCGAAGUAGAACAUGGGGCAAUAUUAUUUGAAUUUCCUUAACUAUGCAAUAAGUUACUGGUGUACUUUGCUUUGGGAUCAAUUAUUCUUCAAACCUCUUAAUAUUUCUCUUCAAUAAGUUCCUGUUCUUGAUAAGAAUGUGAGUGACUGAAGCAAAAGUGGAAACUGGAUGAUGUGGUUUGCCUUGUUUUCACUUGAGCUUAUUUACACAUUUGGUCCCCUAGUGUAAUGCUUGGGUGAUUAUGGUUUGUCCA